UUGACGUUGCACAACGUCGAAGUGUGGGUUAGAUUGGAGACUCUAAAUUCGUCUGUAGGGCUCCCCCCUCCCCACUAGUUUGGCUGCCUCUCGUUUGGUUAACAUUGCUUCCAAAGCGGUAGGGCUUUUUUAUACAGCAUCAAUUUUUUGAACAUGUCUUGGCAAAGCUACGUGGAAAACCUGAUGGCCGAUGGCAGCUGUCAGGAUAGCGCCAUUGUUGGGUAUACGGACGCCAAAUAUGUUUGGGCAGCACAUGCCGGUGGUACUUUCAACAAUAUCACGUCUCAAGAAAUUGAUAUCCUUAUCGGAAAGGACAGGGAGACUUUUUACACCAGCGGUCUCACUCUGGGCUCAAAGAAGUGUUCAGUCCUCAGAGACAGCCUCCAUGAUGACGGAGACUGGACAAUGGACAUCAGGACAAAGAGCCAAGGAGGAGAGCCAACAUACAAUAUCUCUGUGGGGAGAGCUGGAAAAGUAUUGGUUGUAGUCAUGGGAAAGGAGGCGAUCCAUGGUGGAACUCUUAACAAGAAAGCACAUGCAAUGGCUGAGUACCUGAGGAAGUCUGGAUAUUAAGCAACCUCUCCACUCCACCCAUCCAUCAACUUAGCAGCUCACUCCCACUCACCGCAUUGUGUUGACACUACUUCCAGGAUUAGACGACAAACAAUGUUACUUCCUCCCCAGUGUACUUUUUAUACACAACCUUUUGUUUGUUCCCUCAUCCUCCUUUUGUUCCCCACUUUAACAUUGUACUUCUCAUGUUUUUUUGGCACUACAGUAAUGGCAUGUUCAUUUGAAAUGGUUUAAAUGUUUAUUAACCAAAGGAAUGUGCAAAAAAAUGAUAGCAAAGUGUAAUAAAAGUGUACAACAAAUUUGGACUCGCCUUGUAUAACAUUCACUUAGCAAGUGGCUAAUAUUCCAAGGGGAAGUACAAAUGUAAUGGUGGUGGCAGUUUGCAUAGUUUUGCUUUUUGAGCAUUACUCAGAGAUGCAGGGUUCUUUUUUUUUCUCUCUCUCUCUCUCAUCAGCAUGUCUGCAUUUAAAAGUUGCAUGCAUACUCUUCAGUAUACAGAUCCCAGUUGUAUCUCCUCUCUGUUGAAGCGUUAUAUUCCAGCCAAAGCCAUCUUCUCAUCUGCCUCCAUCUUCAAUUUUUCAAGCCUCCAUUAAAGAAAUGACAAACUU